AUGGUCCCCGCUCAGGCAGCACUCGCUAGUCCCGUCCUUGCUGCCUCCCCUCUCCCAUCCUGCCCCGGGGCCACGGCUGUGGGGACUGUCCUCAUCCUGGCCAUGCUGAGCAUCGUCCUGCAGCCGCUGAAGGUCAGUGACCAGAUAGAUCUGGCCACACAACAGCAGAUGCAGCAGCACGAGCAGCAAAGUCAGGAGCUGACUCGGCUGCAGCAGGAGUUGGAGCACAUGACUGAGGAGCCGCAGAGCGGACUUUUCACAGCAGAAGUGCUCUUUGCCAUGAAGGGCAAGGGGCUGUUUGGAGCCUUUGCUGGAACCUUUGGGCUGCUCUUUGGGCUCUUCUGCAUGGCCACAGAGCAAGACUUUGAUGAGUCUGACAGAAGCAGUGAUGAGAGCACCUCUAGCAGUGAAGAGGAAGACGCUGCAUAUGAACGGGAUGCGGGAAGGUUUCUGGAGCAGCUCAGUCAGUGGCCAGUGCAGCGCCUGGCCAAAAGGGGCAAGGUGGUGCAGGUGCUGGUGGGUGACUUCCUGCAUGCCUGCCAUCUCCUCACAUUGAAGACUGUUCUGCCUCAGCUGGAACCCUGCAUUGGAGUGGGCAGUGCCUUCGAAGGCUGGAGCCCCUGCCAUGACAACACCGUCUACAGCCUGCUCGUGCCCUCGAAGCCACCAGCUGCGCAUUCCUUCCAUCUGGAGCUGGGCACCAGCGGGGAGCUGCCAGCCAGGCACGGCCGUGUUCACGCACAGCUCGAGUGCGUGUGUCAGAGGGAGCAGCUGCUGGGGGACGCGCUGUGCUUCCUGCACCACCCUGAGGCUGAGCUGGGCAGAAAUGAGGGCCCUCACCUCCUGCGAUACCUCUGCACCCAGUCCUACCUGGACGUGGAGAAAAUCACUUGCUGGUUCCAGCUCAUAGUGAUGAAUGCCUGGCUACUUUUGCCUCCAUCGCACCGCUGCAAGCUGAGCCUGCUGCCCUCCUCCCGCUCCUGCAAGCUCAGACUGCAAGACAACUCAGAGGUUUACCUGACCAGCCAGGAAGCAGAGGCUGGCCUCACCAGCAGCAUCACAUGGCUGGAGAGCUGUGCUGUUCCUGAGGUGCUCUUCUUCAGGUUCAUGGCAAGGCAGGCCCCCAGGGACAGCUGCCACCUGGAAUGUCUGCAGCUCUUUGCCCAACUUGGGGGCACAGGCUUUUCCAGCUACUGCUUGAAAACAGUGGUGAUGCACCUCCUCACAAUCAUCCUGCUGUCUAGUUGGCACAGGGGGGAUGUGCAGGAGAGGCUCAGCGAUGUUGUGCACUACCCGCACCGCCGCCUGGAGGAGAAACAGCUUUACCACUUCCUCCUAGGCAACAAGAGGGUGCCCAGGGAGCUUCUCUGCCACCAGCCUUUCUAG